CUCAGCACCUUUCGGACGUUUGGGCGUCCUCCUUUUCGGUAGUUUCGUUUUGCCGUCCCUCUUCGACCGACCGACGAGGUGAAGGCAGAGACACGCACAGGAAGAUUGGAUCUCAUCUCAGUCAGCUGACACGCAACACACAGGGCUAUCUAUGAACAGUCGGUCAGCUGUGAUAUAUAAAACCACUUACCACCGAAUUAGCACAACCAACCCAACCCCUACCCAGCAGCGUAGCGGACACACCCAACCAUACAUACGGGGCAUAUGCAUGCCUCUGCGAUGGAUGCAUCCAUCCUACGCUGCGGUACGGUACGCUACGCCUUGACUUUCUUAUCGGGCUUUUCGUCCUUGAGGUCCUCUGGCCGCAUCCCCAGCUGGUUCAAGCAAUACAGAACCAGGUCGUCAUUUUUCCAGCCACUGCAAGUAAGACACGCGCACACACACACACACACAGACAGAGAGAGAGAGAGAGAUCUGGCGCACCGCGCACAUGGUGUCAAUGGGCGUGAGGCUGACCGACCGUAUGUUGACGUGUUCGUGUUCGUGUGCCUCUGUCUUGUCAGUCCCCUCCCCCCCAGCACUACUGCUGCUGCUGCUGCUGCUAGCGUCUGCCGCCCUCUGCAGCACGAGUGUGGUCCGCGCCCCCCUGAUGUACUUGAUGCUCAUCUUCUUGCCGAAACGCGGCACCUCACGACGGAUCUGCAUGACAACAACAAACAGCACAACCAGGACCACGAGGUCAUCGGCGCCUGUGUGUCACUGGAGAGUGAUGGUGUUUGUAUGCGUGUGGGUGUGUGGGUGUGGGUGUGCUCACGAAGUGCUCGAUGUCCUGAUUGAAGCUCGUUUCAGAUGGGCACAGGACGAGCGUGAUCUGCACAGACAGACAGACAGACACUCGUGGCGUGCAACAUGGGACACACAAGCAGUGCAAGAUUCGGCAGAUUCGCUCUCCUUGGCUCGCUCACUCCCUCACUCACAUGAGUUGCCGAGGCCACAUUGUCGGCCUUGCAGCACGACUGGCACUCGUCAAUCAGCCGCCGGCUCUCCGCCGACUUGGGCAGCUGCACGCCAACACGAGCACAACUCGAGCACAGCAAACUGAAUAAGUGAGUGAAAUCAGACAAAGACAUCAAUCGCCAUGAGGCAGGUGGUGUGGUUUGCGGCACAUGAUGGAUGGUCCUCGCUGCUUGUCUUGUUGUAUCUACCUGUCUGUGAUGAAGCCCUUCUCUUGGCACGAGAGCGGGUCGGGGACGCCCGCCCUUGCGAUGACAUAGUGAGAGCACAAAGGCAGCGCCAAGAGCAGAGGUGUGGCGGCCCACCCCAGAUCUCUGCGCUUCAUUCCGU